UGCUUUUAUUAGGCCAGCUAAUGUCGCAUUAAAUGCAAAGGCAAACUAUUAGGAAAGCCACCACCACCAUCUCACCACUGAGGUUGACAUAAAGCAAUUUCUUUUCAUGGCAAAAUGAUCCAACGGCAGUGGGUGGCCCCAACUUGGCAAUCCGACGGUUAGAAUGCCUUAUCGUCAGGGACAGACCAAACACGCCAUAGUAGAAAGCUCGAGAGCCCCGUGACUUCAUCUCAACUUCGUCUCAGACGCGUGUGCGUGCAAUCUUCUCCUACCGCGAUUCCCCUCUCUACAUCCCCAGUCCUUCCGUACGGAUCUCUCUCCCUCUAUAUCUCUAUACAUAUGAUUUACGCUUUUUGAAUAAGUAAUUAAGUUGAAUAUGUCUGCUUAUGUAAAGCCUUGUGUUUGACAAUCUGCAGACCUCGAUCUAGAUCGUCCAGUAUCGAGUGCGUUGACCCUGUCAAUCAGUUUCCGAUUCAAGAUCCGGUGAUCUUAUUAUUACACUAUAAAAUGAUUCGCUCACAAGAUUCUCAGCGCCCCCAUUUGCACUUCAAGAAUCCCUUUUCGGUUAUACUACCUAAAGGCUCAUCACACUUGUCCCCCAGGCUCCUCUCUCUUUUGAAUGCUUUCGAGAAAUCAUUGGCUGAGAAACUCACAAGUCUCAAGCCCGGAGGCGGGGUUCAUGCACUGAGUUUCUCAUGGAUGAAAGAAGCUAUGGCUUCACUCGCUGCAAUACACAGUAGUGUCCAAACCCUGGUCAAAGAACUUGACCUUCCGGUGUGUGGAUGGGAUGAGAAGUGGCUUGAUGUCUACAUGGACAACAGCGUGGGCUUGCUUGAUAUAUGCACUGCUUUCAGCUCUGAGAUUUUGAGGCUUAACCAAGGCAACCUUUACCUCCGGUGCACCGUGCAUACUCUAGACAGCGAACCGAAGCAGUUCCAUGCACGAGCGAGGUCGUCUUUGGACGGAUGGAGGAGCCGACUGGGUUCCAAAAACCCACGGAUUGAGAAUUGCUCUUUGAUUUUGGACCGUCUCAUCGAGAGCCUGAAGUUCCCUAAGAAGAAAGAUUCUGGGAAAGAGAGAGUUUUGAUGAAAGCGUUGUAUGGCGUCCGGGUGGUGACCAUUUUUUUCUGCAGUGUGUUUGCCACUGCCUUCUCUGGUUCUGCUGGAGGGAAGUUGAAGAAGAAUUUUGAGGCGCUUGAGGGUUGUUUUUGGGCAGAUGCCUUUGCUGACCUGCAGAGUUCUGUGAACGAAGAAAUAGAGAGCGGUGGAGGGGUGACCAGACUGAAGGAGGUUGAAGAUGUUGAUGUAAGUGUGAAUAAGCUAUACCCCAUUGUUGAGUCUGACAAAGUUGAAGGAGAAUUAUUAAUAUCAUUGUCAAAUGCAACUUCGGAGUUAAGACAGAAUGCUGAUAAGCUCUCUGAAGGGCUCGAUCUGUUGGGGAAGGAAGUCGAUGGAUUCUUUAGGAUUGUUCUGACAGCACGUGACGCAAUGCUUUCUAACAUUAGAGUUGGUAGCCAUAAGGUAUCUAAAUAAAAAAAAAGAGGAGAAGCUGUAUAGAGGGGCAAAUUAUGAUGUUAAGAAUAGCUAGCUAGUGGGAACAUGAGUCUUCUUCUUGUGUAUACAAAGGGGCUGCCUAAGUGUGUGUGUGUGAGUGGUUGGGUGGGGCGGAUUUGAUGUAAUAUGGUUCAAUAUGUGGCGUUCAACCUCUACUUAAUUGCCAAAAUGUGUAGAGCAAUGUUUGUGACAAAAAGUUGUGUGAGUUGUGGUCUAUCAUCAUUAAUCAAGUACGGAGUAGUGUAGUACGUUCUAAUAUCC